GCCAACACUGCCCAGAAGAGACUCUCCUUCUUGGUACCAAUUGGUUUGAAAAGCCAAUCUUUGUUAGUCAGUAAUAGUAAGGAAGUGGAAGACCUAAACAACCUGUUAGAUAAACUUGAACUUGAGAAAGAAGAGUUAGACAAAUACAAGACCUAUUAUUUGGAAAAAAUAGAGUUAGAUGAAGAGGAAAAAUAA